AUGCCGAGUUGCUGCUUCCCUAAUCCCCAACGAACGAAAUCGCACACGAUCCCCCAGGCACAAAACGAGUGGUGGCAACGCAACAUCGCCUACACCGCUAAUCCAGAGCUCUCCGCCGAUAUACACUGCGUCGAGAAUGAGAUCCUCCUUCGACGUGACCUUCAUAAGCUGCGGGACGAUCACCAAUUCGUUACUAUGCCCAAGGCGGGCAAGUGGGUGAUCGACGUGCUUUGGAAGAGCCCGUCGGAUGAAUUCGAAAUAAAAUACCAUAAUCUGGAGCUGCAGCUGCUGUCCGGCGUAAAGAGGCCCUUUCCCGUGUCUUUUGCCGGUUCGCGCUGGCGAUCUUGUCCAAGAGCACCUUCCUCGACCAAACCCUCGCACGGAAGCUAG